UCACAUUAAAAUGAGGCGCCGCCUUUUGUUUUUGUUUGUGUUUGGUGUCGUUGUGGAAUCUACUCUAGGUCGGACACCUCUCCAAGUUCCAUCGUUCGAAGUUCGAGAAGAAAAUGGAUUUCCACUCAAUCUUGAACCAGUAUUUGUUGACGAAGCCAAAUAUGAUUUAAAAAAUAUCGAUGAUGGUAUAGACCAAGACAACAGCGACACUAACUCGGAAGUUUUCCCACAAGGCAGAAUAUCAUACAGCGGAAACCAAUUGUGGAAAGCUACUAUAGAUGACGUGGACAAAAUUAGAGUGGUAGCCAAUCUCAGAGAUGGUCACCAUAUUUCAAUGUGGGGAGGCAAUAGAACUAGUCUCGACUUUCUAGUAAAGCCGAACUCUUUAGAUACGGUGAAAGAUACUUUAAAGAGCAAACAUAUAAACUAUGAUGUAGUCAUCCAAGAUCUACAGAAAGCUAUUGACGAAGAAAAUCCACCCCACUUAGAAGAAACUGAGGACAGACAGGGUCAUCGUCUAACAUGGAGAGCUUAUCAUAAGAUACCUGAUAUUCAUAGAUUUCUCGACUACCUAGGAGAAACAUAUCCAGAUCUUUGUACGGUGAGAACUAUUGGACACUCAGUCCAAGGACGACCUAUUAAGUUAAUAAAAAUCUCUAACGGAAAUUCAUCGAACAAAGCCGUAUGGAUAGAUGGAGGUGUCCACGCUAGAGAAUGGAUUUCACCUGCAGUGACAACCUAUAUUAUCAACUAUCUAGUAGCCAGUUUUGAUAAAGAGCCAAAGUACAUGCAGAAUAUAGACUGGUAUAUAACACCAUUGGUGAACCCCGAUGGAUACGAAUAUACUCAUAACGUCGACAGACUUUGGAGAAAGAACAGAGCGAGAUCUGGCCAAUGUGCGGGGACGGAUCUAAACAGGAACUUUGGUUAUAAAUGGGGAGGACAGGGAGCAUCAAAAAAUCCAUGUACUGAAACUUAUGGAGGAAGUGGUCCAUUUUCGGAACCGGAGACAGCAGCUAUUCAACGAUUUAUAACAGGAACUCCAGCCAAGUGGCGUGCUUACAUCUCGUUCCAUUCUUACGGUCAGUACAUACUGUAUCCGUGGGGCUACAAUAGGGCUGUCCCUCCAGAUCAUCAAGAUUUGGAAUCUGUAGCUAGGAAAGCCGCUGCAGCUAUUCGUAACGCUGGAGGACCUAACUAUACCAUAGGACCAGCAGGAAAUACGUUGUAUCCAGCUUCAGGAGGAUCCGAUGAUUGGGCUAAAGGAACUAUUCGUAUGAAAUAUGCUUAUACAAUAGAACUUAGAGAUAAUGGAAGGUUUGGUUUUAUUCUUCCGGCCAAUUUCAUCAAUCCAACAGCUAAAGAGGCACUUGCAGCUGUUCGGGUCAUAGCGGAAGCUGCUCAAAAGGCAUGAAAAAGGCAAAAACGAAAUAUAGGAUGGAUUUAAAAACCUUGACUGAAUCUUUGCAGAAGCAGUCUUUAAUAAACCAAUACUGCAGUCAAUAAAAACAUUAGAGUUGACUGGUAUUUUAUUAUAAAUGUUUAUUUAGAUUUGCAUCAAAUGACACAAACACAAAUACGGGAUGUUCCAAAAAUGUUCUAGUGGUCAUUGUUAUUUUAUCUAUACCACAAAUGUUCUCAAAUCUGGAGAUAAUGUAUAUCAGGGAGCUUGUAAAGUAAUAAAUGGAUUAAUUUUCGUAUUAUGUGGCAAUAUUGUGAAUAAAACAAUAAACAAUAGAGUUACUCAAAAUAUAUUUACAAUUUUUACAAAGUUCUAAAAAUUUGUGUCCCUUAUUAUUGUAAUAAUUGAACAUUUGCUUCAACUGAAUAAAGUAAUAGUACUUC